GAGUGCAUUCAAGUUCACCCGCCAUUCAAGAUACCAUCCGAGGCCUGUCUUCACUCAAUCAAUCCGGGCGUCAGUUACGAUGUGGUCAUCACCAAAACCAAAGCCAUACUACAGCCGCCGCCCUAUCAGACCGACUGCUACUGGAUAUGCUUACAGCAGGAGCUCAGCAAUAAUUGCUACGAUAAGUGCCGACCCGAUUGUAUUGACAGACACUAUCACAUUGAGGUCGAGAACAGAGCGUAUCCAUCGGAUCAGCAAAUAAGCCGUGCCAUCAGUUCAGACCAGGAAAGGCUAUUGAAUAUGCGCCAAAACGCGGCCACAAUCAACAUCUGGAGCAAUUAUCUUAGCGAUGUGACCUAUGUACACACGCCGGCAAUGUCCCUGAUACAAUUGGUGUGCUACCUUGGUGGUUUGGCUGGCCUAUGGCUGGGCGUGUCGGUGAUGACAGUGUCCGGAUGGUUGGCUCAGUUGUAUCCGUUGUUUCAGAAAUGGAAAGGCAAACAAAGCCAUAUAUUUCUUCACUGCAAACGACACCUUCCCGUCGGCAAUACGACCCGAAUAUCUCCCGACGAUCUCCUCCUCAAUCCCGAGCACAUCGCGAGGGAUCACUUCAUGCAUCGGCCGUCUGUCUGCAGUCUCAGUCAAUUUAAUCCCAGAUUUUGA